UCGAGCUCAGUUGCGCGCGCGCAGAUCCCGCAACGAAAAAAAAACACGUUUUUCUGUGAUACAUAUUUUUUGAUCAGUGAUUCUCGGAUUGCAGUGCAGUGUUUUAUUUAAAUCAGUAUAUUUGUGUGAAAACAGUGGUACAGUUAUGUUACAGUGAUAUUGUGUGACAGAUUUUGGAGGUGUGUGUGACAAUGUGUGUGCGGUGAGGGAUAAGAACGCGCGAUGUUGCGCGUGAUCGCUUGCCUGCUGGUCGCGACCGCGGCCGCGGAGCACGUGCGAGAGUUCACCGUGAGAGAGAACGCACGCGCCGGCACCCUGGUCGGCCACCUCGGAGACGAACUGCCCGACGCCGCGCCCCCCUACACCAUCGUCCCGGUCCCCGGCAGCGCCGUCAACGACGACCUCAGGAUAGAUCCCCACACGGGAGAGAUCAGAACCCGUGGCCCUUUAGACAGAGAGAACCGGGACCACUACGCUCUAGUCGCUAUCCCCGCUAGCGGCGACAAUAUCCGUGUCGUCGUCCGAGUUCUAGAUGAAAACGACAAUGCCCCCACUUUCCCCACCCCAGUGAUGAACGUCGAGUUCUCAGAAAACACCCCCAGAGACGUUAAGAGGAAGCUAAACCCGGCCAAAGACCAGGAUUUAGGAGCAUUCAAUACACAAAGAUACAAUAUUGUAUCUGGAAAUACUGAUAAUGCGUUCAGAUUGUCUUCCCAUAGGGAAAGAGAUGGAGUCCUAUAUCUGGACUUACAAAUUAAUGGCUUCCUUGACAGGGAGACAACUGACCAUUAUCAGUUAGUUAUAGAAGCACUAGACGGUGGCACUCCACCACUAAGAGGGACUAUGACAGUGAAUAUAACUAUUUUAGACGUUAAUGAUAAUCCUCCUGUGUUCGCCGAAAGUGCUUACUCUGCUACUAUUCCGGAGAACGCGACCGUCGGCACUCCCGUAUUAAAAGUGUCAGCGACUGACUUAGACUCUGGUGAAAAUGGUUUAAUUGAAUACUCAAUAAACAGAAGGCAGAGUGAUAAGGAGAACAUGUUUAAAAUUGAUCCUGAAACGGGUGAAAUUACUGUAAAUAAAGCUUUAGAUUUUGAGACGAAGGAAUUACAUGAGCUUGUUGUUGUAGCGAGGGAUAAGGGUGCGCAGCCCCUAGAAACAACUGCUUUUGUAUCUAUUCGGGUGACUGACGUUAACGAUAACCAGCCUACAAUAGAUGUAAUAUUCCUAAGUGAUGAUGCUACACCAAAAAUCUCUGAGUCAGCACAACUUGAUGAGUUCGUGGCUCGAAUAUCAGUACAUGAUCCAGACUCAAAAACAGAAUACGCAAACGUAAACGUUACGCUAAGUGGCGGGGACGGACAUUUUGAUUUACGGACUCAUGAUAAUAUAAUUUAUUUAGUGGUUGUCGCGUUACCACUGGAUCGUGAAGCUCGUUCAUCUUACACGCUGAAUGUAGUAGCAACUGAUAAGGGGUCGCCGCCUUUACACGCAUCGAGGAUCAUCAGUCUAAGAGUGACUGAUGUGAAUGAUAAUGCGCCGGUUUUCGUUGAACCCGAGUACAAGGCAAAUGUGCCUGAAGCGGCGGCUCCAGGUACGCCGGUCGUGCAGGUAUCAGCGACUGACGCUGACGAAGGGGAGAACUCGGAAAUUCGAUACUCUUUACUUGCGACUCCUCAGUCGGAUUGGUUUGCGAUUGACGAGCGAUCGGGGUUGGUGACGACACGUGCUCGCGUGGAUUGUGAGACGAACCCGAUGCCGCGGCUGACGGUAGUGGCUCAAGACCGGGGCAAUCCUCCGAUGUCCUCCACCGCGACGUUAACAGUGACAGUGUUAGAUGUGAAUGAUAACGAGCCGAUCUUCGACCAGUCCUUCUACAAUGUCACCGUGUCGGAGAGCGAAGCUGUUGGCAGCUGUAUUCUAAAGAUGUCAGCUAUUGAUCCCGACUGCGGCGUCAACGCGAUCGUCAACUACACCCUCGGAGAGAGCUUCGGGAAACCACAGUUUACAGUGAAGCCUGAUUCUGGAGAGCUGUGUGUGUCGGCUCCUUUGGACUAUGAGGCACAUACGGACUUCGAAUUUCCUGUCAUUGCUACUGAUAGAGGAGGCCUGUCGACGACCGCUAUGGUGAAGAUCCAACUUCUCGAUAUAAACGACAAUGUACCAGCAUUCACAGUUAAGGAUUACAACGUGUCUUUAAAAGAAGGACGGAUAUCAAACGAGCCGAUUAUAGCUGUGUCCGCGACGGACUCAGAUUCUGGUAGAUUCGGAACAAUAACUUACAGAAUCGUGAAUGGAAAUGAGAACGAUGUGUUCAGAAUUGAUAGGAGUACUGGAGAGAUUUUGGUUACGAAGCCGGCUUUGGUACAGGCCAAUGGGAGGUUCGAUUUGGAAGUGUCAGCGACUGAUGGCGGUGGUUUGACUGCCCCUCAGAGUGCUGUUGUGCAUGUGACAGUACUGCCUGCUGGAGUUGGAUCAGCGUUAUUCGAUAAACCAAGAUACAAUUUUCGUGUGAAGGAAGACGUCAGGAUUGGGACGAUCGUCGGGAAUCUGAAGGCUACGGUUGGUGAUCGAGGUCAACCUCCAGUCCGGUACAGCAUAGUCUCUGGGGAUCCCGACCAUCGCUUCACCAUCGAACCGAUGACAGGAGCCAUCAGGGUCACAGCUCAGCUCGACAGAGAAACCACGCCAUCAUACUUGCUGAACGUCAGGGCUGCGAAUGGAAACCCUUCGAGUUUUGAUCAGACACAGGUCCAAAUCACCCUUGAAGAUAUAAACGACAACGCACCAGAGUUCGGCACAUCGUCAGUGAGGGUGUCAGUAGCUGAGUCUGCAGCCAUUGGCUCGGUGGUCUACGCUGCGAAGGCGACUGAUGAAGAUGGCGGCAAGAACGGACAGAUCAGCUAUCACCUUGUAUCAGCAACCGGACCUUCGAAUACCUUCGCUGUGAAUCCUCAACAUGGAUUGGUUACUCUUCUUAGAUCUCUUGAUUAUGAGAACCUCGUACGUCACACGCUUAUCAUCUCAGCCAAAGACAGCGGGAUCCCAUCCCUCAGUGCUAACCUUACUCUAGUAGUCGACGUACAAGACGUAAACGAUAACCAACCUGUCUUCGAGCACGAGUCUUACAGUGCUAAUGUACUGGAAUCAGAAGCUGUUAAUGCUAAGAUUGUUGAAAUCCAGGCAAUAGACAAAGACACAGGAAACAACGCCCGCAUAACAUACAAGAUAGCUCCGAGUGCAAACUCCAGUGAAGAGUACUUCAAAGUGCAGCCAAGCACGGGUUGGGUGUACCUCGCAAAACAAUUGGACAGAGAAACGACGGCAAAACAUAAAAUGGUCAUCAUAGCUGUCGACAAUGGAAUACCGCCUCUCUCCGCAACCGCGAUCUUAGUCGUCAAUGUAAUCGAUGCAAAUGAUAAUGACCCAGUGUUUAGUAAGUCCGCGUAUGAAUUCCAAGUUGAAGAGAAUCAGAAAGCUGGCGCGUUUGUUGGGAAGAUCGCGGCAACCGAUGCUGAUUUGGGCGACAAUGCUGUCGUUAGAUACAGCCUCUUCCCUUCAAAUACUAGUUUCCAUGUCAACCCAGUUACAGGAAUAAUCACGACCAAGGAAAUACUGGACCGAGAAUUCAAGUCAUCUUACUCUCUGUUCGCUGAAGCUAAAGAUCAAGGAACGCUGCCAAGAUCAAGUCGUGUUCCAGUUUCCAUCAAAAUAACUGAUGUCAAUGAUAAUCCACCUGAAAUAAUAGACCCUAGAGAAGAUGUAGUCAGUGUCAGAGAGGAACAGCAACCUGGCGCAGAAGUAGCAAGAGUCAAAGCUAUAGACAGAGAUAAUGGAGUCAAUUCUAGUAUAGUGUAUUCUAUCCUAAACGAAAGAGAUAUGGAUGGAGUUGGUGUGUUUGUUAUAGACGCCAACACUGGUGUUAUCAAAACUAGUACUGUGUUAGACCACGAGGAAAGGUCAAUCUAUAGACUGACGGUCGCGGCAACUGACGGAGGUACACCGCCAAAGCAGACUGUGAGACAGCUCAAAGUGGAAGUUUUAGAUUUGAACGACAACAGACCAACGUUUACCAGCUCCAGUUUAUCAUUCAAAGUAAAGGAAGAUGCAAAAAUUGGCCACGUUGUCGGCACGGUUGCAUGUUGUGACAGCGAUAUAAGAGAGAAUUCUGUAAACGAUGACGACGAAAAGCAAAUCUCAUAUCUCCUCAUGCCCAUAACAGCUGAUCACUCACCAGGCACCUUUGAAAUUGAUCGCAAAACGGGUUCCUUAGUAGUAGCCAGACAACUAGAUAGGGAAAUUCAAGAUGAAUAUCGUCUAGAAGUUAGAGCUCUUGACACAUCUGCCACUAAUAACCCUCAAAGUAGUGCUGUGACAGUCAAAAUUGAAAUCGUAGACGUCAAUGAUAAUUCACCGCAGUGGCCUCAAGAUCCUGUGAAUAUAGAAAUAUCUGAACUUACACCAAUUGGUAUGAUAGUGCAUAAUUUCACAGCAAAAGACGCUGAUUCUGGUGCAAACGGAGAACUGAAUUUUCGAGUUGUAUCAUCUUUGCCUGCUACAAAAAAUGUUUUCAACUUAGAUCCUUUAACUGGUUCUCUCACUCUUACUGCAAAUCUGGAUUAUGAGAAACUGAAGGAAUAUUGGCUGAUUGUUGAAGCAACUGACUUGGCGACAAAUGUUUCUGAGAGAAUGGCUACCUCGGCUACAGUACAUAUUUCUGUUACUGACGCUAAUGAUAAUACGCCGACGUUUGUUUCUGCUAACAAAGCCACUGUUUCACUGAACACUUUAUCAGGAACUCUUUACCAAACACUAGCAAUUGAUGCUGAUUCUGGAGACAAUGGAAGAAUUUCUUACUAUAUCUCAGGUGGCAAUGAUCAUGCAUACUUCUCUAUGGAAUAUGAUGUUGGAAAAUUGACGUUAUCAAAUAAAUAUUCUCAAGAUAUAUCAAGAGUCAGACCAGGGCAAUACAAGCUCAAUUUAACUGCUUCCGACCACGGUAUUCCAUUCCCAAGGCAAAGUCACAUGACACUUCAGUUGACACUGCAGGAGUCGACCAAUGUACCACCCAGAUUCACUGAUUCUUUCUACAGAACCAAUAUAAGUGAAGAUAUACGCCCAGGUAGCUUUGUUACCAGAUUGUCAGCUAAAUCUUCAAGAGGAAGUGCAAGUAACCUGACCUAUAUGAUACCAUCCGGAGUAGCUGAUGACAAAUUUUCAAUUGACGAGCGUCUUGGUACCAUAACAGUUAAAACUAAGAUUGACAGAGAAGAAAGGGAUCAAUUCAUUUUCCCCGUCUACGUCACAGACUCAAGCACUUUUCAGUCUACCACAAACUUUGACGUGGCUACUGUUACAAUCAGCGUAAUGGACGUGAAUGACAACCCACCUAGUUUUAAAACUGGGUCUUGCUAUCCUCUAGUCGUACCUGAAAAUAAUGAGCCAGAAGUCAUUCACACGGUUGCAGCAACUGAUAAAGACAUUGGAGCAAAUGGAGUCAUUACUUACAGUAUAACAUCAGGCAAUAAUGGCAACAAAUUCUCUAUUGAUUCCACUACAGGAAGGCUGACUGCUAAGACACUCGAUCGGGAAACACAGUCCAAAUAUCACUUGACAAUAACUGCUUUUGAUCAUGGGUCACCUGUAGCGUUACAAGGAUCAUGUAAUAUCACAGUUAUUGUUGAAGAUCAAAAUGAUAAUGACCCAGUAUUUGAUACUGGGCAUUAUUCAGCAGCAAUACCCGAAGAUGCCAUGAUUGAUACAUCUGUAAUCAAAGUAAGAGCAACUGAUGCUGAUCUGGGUUUCAAUAAGCGCAUCGUCUAUUCGCUGGCUAACGAAAGUCAAGGCUUGUUCAGAAUAGAUAACAAGACAGGAAUUAUUUUUACCACUGGGACUUUUGAUAGAGAAAAGACAAGUGUAUAUCACUUUGAGGCUGUAGCUACCGACGAGGGGCGUUACAUCACUCGCUCUCAAAGAGUCUCAGUAGAAGUCACUAUCAAUGAUGUGAACGACAACAAGCCAAUCUUUACAAAAUACCCUUUUAGAGAACAAGUAGCAACAUUAACACCUCCAGGACAAAGUUUACUUCGCGUCUCAGCAACAGAUAACGAUAUAGGAAUAAAUGCCGAAAUAUUGUAUGAACUUCUGGAUACAUCGAAUCACAAGUUUCGUAUAAAUCCAACAACCGGGGUACUUACUGCAACACAAAGCUUAGCCAGUGAAAACGGAAAACUAAUUCACCUAAAAGUCAUGGCCAAAGAUAAAGGCAACCCUCCGCAAAGUUCUGUCGGACUCAUAGAAAUACGUGUCGGCGAUUUCUCGGACCAAACACCCACAUUAAACUUCCAAAAUGCAACGUAUAAUGUAACUAUCGAAGAAAACAUGGCGUAUGGAAAAGACGUGCUUCAAGUAACUGCGGUUAGAAGCGACGGGCGGCGUCAGAGAAUAAUUUAUGAAAUCGGCAACGGCAACGAUCAGUACGCAUUCGAAAUAGACUCUAACUCAGGCGUAAUAAAGGUGAAUAACUCAGCAAAUCUGGAUUAUGAGUCGUAUCCAGGGCCGCGGAGGCAGCUUGUUGUAGUCGCGCGCACAGAAGGCGCGCCGGUCCUAUACGGCUACUGCGACGUUAUAAUAAAUCUGAUCGAUCAGAACGACCACGCUCCCAGGUUUACGCAGCAACAGUACAUCGCGAAUGUCCUUGAAGGAAACACUAAGGGCGAAUUUGUUGUGCAACUGGCGGCAAAAGAUGGAGAUCGCGGUGUAAAUGCUAGGAUAUUAUACCACAUUGUCGACGGAAAUCACGAUAAUGCAUUCAUUAUUGAACCCGCAUUCUCGGGAUCGGUGAAAACAAAUAUAGUGUUAGAUCGAGAGAUAAGGGAGACAUAUAAACUGACAGUGAUAGCCACUGAUGAAGGAGACCCGCAGAUGACAGGGACUGCGACGCUGAGGAUCAAUGUCGUAGACGUGAACGACAAUCAGCCAACAUUCCCACCGCCGAACGUCAUCUCAGUAUCGGAAGGAACGGAAGUUGGGACAGUGCUCACAUCUGUUACUGCGAACGACGUUGAUACAUAUCCGGCACUAAAGUACUCUAUAUUGCAAGGGGACAGCAGCUUUUCUAUAGACAGAUAUAGUGGAAAGAUUGUGUUGAAUCGACCUCUGGACUUCGAAGCGAAGAAAAUGUAUGAAAUAAAUGUUACGGCAUCGGACAGUGAACAUGUCGCUAAAACUACCCUGACAAUAAAAGUUACUGAUGUUAAUGACAAUUCGCCAGUUUUCGAUGAAAUCUCGUACAACAGAAUAUUACCCGAGGGUACAGACUCGUUAGAAAUUGGCUCCGUAAGUGCUAAAGAUCGCGACGAUGGAGACAACGGCAAGAUCACUUACUCAAUCCUACGACCAACUAAGGGAUACUAUAUAGAUGCAAUCUCUGGCGCUAUUUUCGUAAACUAUAGUGCUUUACCACCAAACCAGAGGGACACACAGUUGGCUAUCGUGGCGACCGAUCACGGCAAACCUAAUAGAAGUGCUGUCGCAUCUGUGAGGAUUAGUACGGGAGCAUCUUCGGAGAUCAAACCAUUUAUUGGACAAGAUACUUACAGGAUCACAGUAAACGAGGAUACAGAAAAAGGAACGACUCUUCUGCAAAUUGGUGGUAUCAACGACGUCCUGAAGAAAUACAACCUUGACAUCCACAUCAUAUCCGGCAAUGAAGGUACAACCUUCGACGUGACUCUCGAAGGAGCUCUCAUCCUCCUCAACAAACUCGAUCGAGAAACUCAAGACUCCUACGUACUUGGACUUGCAGCUGUCGAACAAGGAAAAAUGUUAUCACACAACCAGAACAAAACUUCUAUAACAGUAUUUGUAACUGUAGCUGAUGCUAAUGACAAUGCUCCGAUGUUUGCAACAAAUGAUUUGGAAUUAACUGUCAGUGAGGAUGUUAAAGUUGGUUAUACGCUCACUCAACUGGCUGCUACCGACGCAGAUCUCUAUGGGACUCCGAACGCAGCUAUAAUUUACAACAUAACAUCGGGAGAUGACAAGAAACUGUUUUACGUUCAUCCUACGACCGGAUAUUUAUCCGUCAAUAAGACUCUUGACUAUGACACUGGAAGCAGUCAAUAUAAGCUAAUUGUUGUCGCAUGCGACCAAGGUGUGCCAGCGCUGUGCAAUGCUGUGUACAUCAGUGUCAGCAUUCUCGACGAGAAUGAUAACGCACCUACUUUCCCUGUCAACGAGUAUUUUGAAACCAUUGGUGAGAAUGAACGGGUCGGAACAUCGAUAUUCACAGCUAGAGCGACGGAUUUAGAUAAAGGACAGUACGGCAAAUUAAACUAUUCUAUAGUUCCUUCUGCAAAUAACUACAAUAGAAAUGAUGAUGCUUGGAAAAUGUUCCUGAUAGAUUCUUCAUCUGGGCUAGUCAAUUCAAAUGCAGUUUUCGAUUAUGAAAUCAAGAACAAGUACGAAUUCUCUAUCAAAGCUUCGGACUUGGGUGGUAAAAGCACUACUGUAAAAGUAAGGAUUGAUAUUGAGAGCAGAGAUGAGUUUUACCCUCAAUUCACGCAGAAGACGUACAAGUUCCGUGUACCCAAAUCCGGGUCUCUGCCGGCUGGGUAUGUUAUUGGACAAGCUACUGCCACAGAUAGAGACAAGGGCAUUGAUGGAAGAAUAGUUUACCAACUAUCUACUUCUCAUUCAUACUUCAAGAUCAAUAGAACAACUGGCGUAAUUAUAUUGAAAAAGAAAGUAGAUUCAGUUCAAAAUCUCUUUGGUUCUGACAAAUCUAUAAGCUUGGUUGUCACUGCUAGUUCUGGAAGGCAGGGGUCCCUAACUAACAAGACUGCUGUAGAGAUUGGAAUGAAUGACAUGGCACUUGCGUCAGACGCUAACCAAGUAAAUGAUGCCGCUGCAGUUGCCAGUGGAGGCCUAUCAGACUGGGCGUUGGGACUGCUCAUUGUCUUUAUAUUUAUCAUCAUCAUAUUUGCAGCAGCUUUUCUGUUCUUGCAUAUGAAAAACAAAAGACACAAGAAAGUCAAUAAGCCAGGUCUGAGUUCUGAGGGAGUAGGUGCCACUAACAGUUACGUUGACCCAAGUGCUUUCGAUACUAUUCCUAUUAGAAAUACGGGUACUGUGAACCCAGCGAAUCAGUUUGCACCACCAAAAUAUGAUGAGAUUCCACCGUAUGGCCCGCAUACAGCUAGUUCUAAUUCAGGAGCUGCAACAACAUCAGAACUAUCGGGCUCUGACCAGUCAGGUUCCAGUGGUCGAGGCUCCGCCGAAGACGGUGAGGAUGGUGAAGACGAGGAAAUCCGAAUGAUAAACGAAGGACCCUUACAAAGAGAAUCCGGUAUACACAGACAAUCUAACGGAGUUGACGACGAUAAUCUGUCAGAUGUUUCAGUACAUAACACUCAAGAGUACUUGGCUAGACUAGGUAUUGUUGAUACUGGGACCGGUGGUGGUGCAUCAACAUCAUCAAGAAGAUGUUCAGAAAAUGUAGGAAAUAAGGACACAAUGUUACACCACGCACCCAUAGAUUCAAUGCACAUGUUUGACGAAGACGGAGCACAUGAAAACGAUAUAACUAAUCUUAUUUAUGCGAAACUUAACGAAGUGACCGGUAGUGAAAGAGCAAGCAGUGCAGACGAAGCUAGUGCAGCAGUCGACAGAGCUAUGGCUUUAGGCGCUUUCUCAAGUGCUCCAGGAGAUAGCAACGCCGUGCCAACUGCUGGGCCUUCAAUGACUGGUAGCUUAAGUUCAAUAGUUCACUCUGAAGAAGAAUUAACUGGUAGUUACAAUUGGGAUUACUUAUUAGAUUGGGGACCUCAAUACCAGCCUUUAGCACACGUAUUCUCUGAAAUUGCUAGACUAAAAGAUGAUGCUGUAUCCCUGCAGAGUGGUAAUAGUGGGGCGUCAAGUGCGAAGAGUAAAGGCACGUCUAUUUCAGGCGGUAAAAGUGUCCCACCGCCAUUGUUAACCACAGUGGCACCAAGAAGUUGUCCGGCACCAUCAUUAUCGUGCAGACAGCCGCAACUGCUGUUGCCGAGGUCUCCAAUAAGUCACGAUGUUCCUGGCGGGUUUUCUGCUGCCGCCGCUAUGUCCCCAUCUUUCUCGCCUUCCUUAUCACCAUUGGCGACUCGGUCACCGUCAAUGUCACCCUUAGUAGGCCCCGGGCUGCCACCAGCGCCCGCCAACAGAAAACCUCCACACUCAACAAUGAGAAUAUGAAAAUAAUUGUAUCGUAGAAUAUUGAAUACUGUAUAUAUGGACGACUGUUUUGCCUAUAGUGUAGUUAGUAUUAUUUAUUCGGCCGAUCUGAUCGGCUUAACUCAUUUUGCGCAUAUUGAUAUUUAAAAAGAACUUCACGGAUAUGCUCAAAGUGAUAACUAAGCGCUUAUUACCGAUUUUUGCGGUAAAUGUAUAUAAUUAAAAAAUCGGGUGUAUUUUUUAAGUGUACAUACUUACUUAUACUCAUUGUAAAAAAGUAUAUAAAGACUGCCAUUUUUUAUUUUUAACAAAAAAUACAGCUUUACUCUAAGCUAUAAGUAUUACUGUUAGGAAACGCAAUUUGUAGUGAUGUGUCGAACCGAUUAGUUGAUCGAGUGAUUGUAAUCGAUUUGGUAAAUCAAUAUUACUGUAAGCUUUAUUACGCAAAUGUAUGUACUUAUGUCAUUUUGUAAAAUUCCGUUGAAAAUAUUAUGUAAUUUGUUUUCAGUGAAUUGAACGUUGAAGUUUCGUUUCUCUGUGAUUUUGAUGAUGCCUAAAGAAUCAGUUCAGUGUUUUUGUUACACUAUCGUACUCUCUUACAUUUUCUUUAGACAGUAAAGAUGAACAGGUACAUUCAACGCUCUAGAAUCCUUCAUCUUGCAUAAAAGGUGUACCUACGUCUAAAAACAUAAAGUAAGGUUCAAUUAAAAACGAUUUGAGAAUAUACACUUCUAAAAAUAUUAAUCAAAACUCUACAGUGUUGGUUCCUUAUCUACAUAUAUGAGAAAAGGUCUUCGCUUAGCAGAUCGACUUCCAUAAGCCUACAUACCUACUUAAACAUUACAUGAAACAUAUUUCUAGACAUUGCUUAUAUAUAUUUUUACUAAAGUGUCAAAAAUUCUGGACUGAUAACUAGUAUACUGUUUGUAAAUAUUAUAUUAAGAUUACAUGUUAAUAAUUAGUCUUAGAAUCCACCGAUUGUAUUGAUAUCGUUUUGGUGGAAAUAAAAAAGAAUUUCAAA